CUCAUGGACAAAUUUCAUGCUAAAAUCGUCGCUGCCGCGACUGGGUCCACCUUGACGGCAUUGACCAUGACACCCUUUGACGUCGUGAAGACCCGGUUACAGACACAACCUCCACAACUAAAACCCCUUUUUCCUCGACCUCCGCCUAAUACUUGUUGCCAGCCCAGCAAUGUGGCUUCCUGUGUGAGGAAUAUGUCUUCGCUUGCAAGACCAGUAGGGGAAGAAGUGGUUUGCGUGUGGGAACGGGGAGUUUUGAAAACUGAGCGUGUCACCGGAUUUUUGGACGCUGUUCGGCAUGUUUUGCGCGCAGAGGGGAUACCUGGUCUUUGGAAAGGUGUUGGGACAACAUUGGUUAUCAGUGUCCCGUCAGCGACAGCCUACAUCCUAACAUACGAUCACCUGCAGAAGGUUGUUCUCCCUCCCCUCAUACCAAAUGAUACCCUCGUUCCCCUCUCUGCUGGAAUUUUGGCCCGUACAACUAUCACCUCCAUCAUCUCACCACUGGAACUCAUCCGCACCAACCUGCAAUCAACCCCACUUUCACCUGAUAACCCGCAUACCCUUCGGUCCGUUCUUACCUCUGUUCGGUCCGUUGUCAGGCAGAAAGGCAUUGGAUAUUUGUGGCGCGGCCUUAGCCCCAGUCUAUGGCGGGACGUGCCGUUUUCUGGAUUCUACUGGGCAAGCUAUGAGACUUGGAAAAAAUCUUUUGCGAGACGAGGCCAUGAAGGUACAGGGGUGGCCUUUGUGAGCGGGGCAAUCAGUGGGAUUUCAGCGGCCCUAUUAACAUCCCCGUUCGACGUGCUGAAGACUCGACGGCAGGCCCUUCUCAUGUCAGCAUCGAAUACCCAUAUCUCGAGGACUCUGCCCCUCCUUAUCCGCGUAAUACGCACUGAAGGUUCGUCGGCGUUAUACGCUGGCAUCUUGCCUCGGAUGGCUAAAAUUGCUCCUGCAUGUGGGAUUAUGAUCGCGUCCUUUGAGGGCGUUGGCAAAUUCUUAACGGGGCCACAAUCAUAGAUGUUACAAAAUGAGAUUAUCUACAUAAUGUCCUUUCCUCCGAUAUAACCAAUCCCCCUACGUAGCUCUAUAAUUGACCAAUUAGAUCCAGUAG